UCAUCUUUGUCAGUGCACAAAAUGGCGCCUUACAACCUACUAGUGACCCGCCUGCAGAAAGCCCUGGGUGUUCGACAGUACCAUGUGGCCUCAGUCCUGUGCCAACGGGCCAAGGUGGCCAUGAGCCACUUUGAGCCCAAUGAAUACAUCCGCUAUGACCAGCUAGAGAAGAAUAUUAACAUUGUUCGCAAACGACUGAACCGGCCUCUGACCCUGUCGGAGAAGAUCGUGUACGGCCACCUGGAUGACCCGGCUAACCAGGAGAUUGAGAGGGGGAAGACGUACCUGCGACUGCGGCCAGACCGUGUGGCCAUGCAGGACGCCACGGCCCAGAUGGCCAUGCUGCAGUUCAUCAGCAGUGGGCUGCCCAAGGUGGCUGUGCCCUCCACUAUCCACUGUGACCACCUGAUUGAGGCCCAGCUUGGGGGCGAGAAAGACCUACGCCGCGCCAAGGACAUAAACCAGGAAGUAUAUAAUUUUCUGGCAACUGCUGGUGCCAAGUAUGGCGUGGGCUUUUGGAAGCCUGGAUCAGGAAUCAUUCACCAGAUCAUUUUGGAAAACUAUGCAUACCCUGGGGUUCUUCUGAUCGGCACUGACUCCCACACCCCCAAUGGGGGCGGCCUGGGGGGCAUCUGCAUUGGAGUCGGGGGUGCUGAUGCAGUGGAUGUCAUGGCUGGGAUCCCCUGGGAGCUGAAGUGCCCCAAGGUGAUUGGUGUGAAGCUGACAGGCUCGCUCUCCGGUUGGACCUCCCCCAAAGAUGUGAUCCUGAAGGUGGCAGGCAUCCUCACAGUGAAAGGUGGCACGGGUGCCAUUGUGGAGUACCAUGGGCCUGGCGUUGACUCCAUCUCCUGCACUGGCAUGGCGACAAUCUGCAACAUGGGUGCAGAGAUCGGCGCCACCACCUCAGUGUUUCCGUACAAUCACAGGAUGAAGAAGUACCUGAGCAAGACCGGCCGGGCAGAAAUUGCCAAAAUCGCUGAGGAAUUCAAGGAUCACUUGGUACCUGACCCUGGCUGCCAUUAUGACCAGGUGGUUGAAAUUAACCUCAGCGAGCUGAGACCACACAUCAACGGACCCUUCACACCUGACCUGGCCCACCCUGUGGCUGAUGUGGGUAAUGUGGCUGAGAAGGAAGGGUGGCCCCUGGACAUCCGUGUGGGUCUGAUUGGCAGCUGCACCAACUCAAGUUAUGAAGACAUGGGGCGCUCGGCAGCUGUGGCCAAACAGGCGUUGGCCCAUGGGCUCAAAUGCAAGUCCCAGUUUACCAUCACGCCGGGCUCUGAGCAGAUCCGUGCCACCAUUGAACGAGAUGGCUAUGCCAAGACCCUGCGGGACGUGGGUGGCAUCGUCCUGGCCAAUGCCUGUGGUCCCUGUAUUGGCCAGUGGGACAGAAAAGACAUCAAGAAGGGGGAGAAGAACACGAUUGUCACCUCCUACAACCGGAACUUCACCGGCCGCAAUGAUGCCAACCCUGAGACCCAUGCCUUUGUCACAUCCCCGGAGAUUGUCACAGCCCUGACCAUCGCCGGCACCCUCAAAUUCAACCCAGAGACUGACUUCCUGACUGGCAAGGACGGCAAGAAGUUCAAGCUGGAGGCCCCGGAUGCAGAUGAGCUUCCCCAGGCGGAGUUUGACCCCGGACAGGACACCUACCAGCACCCUCCUAAAGACAGCAGUGGACAGCGGGUGGACGUGAGCCCCACCAGCCAGCGCCUGCAGCUCCUGGAGCCUUUUGACAAGUGGGACGGCAAAGACCUGGAGGACCUGCAAAUCCUCAUCAAGGUCAAAGGGAAGUGCACCACUGACCACAUCUCGGCUGCUGGCCCGUGGCUCAAGUUCCGUGGGCACCUGGACAACAUCUCCAACAACUUACUCAUUGGUGCCAUCAACAUUGAAAAUGACAAGGCCAACUCUGUACGCAAUGCCGUCACCCAGGAGUUUGGGCCUGUCCCUGACACUGCACGCUACUACAAGAAACACGGCAUCAGGUGGGUGGUGAUUGGAGAUGAGAACUAUGGUGAAGGUUCGAGCCGUGAACAUGCAGCGCUAGAGCCCCGCCACCUGGGGGGCCGGGCCAUCAUCACCAAGAGUUUCGCCAGGAUCCAUGAAACCAACCUGAAGAAGCAGGGCCUACUGCCCCUCACCUUCGCCGACCCAGCUGACUACAACAAGAUCCACCCCGUGGACAAGCUGACCAUCCAAGGCCUGAAGGACUUUGCCCCGGGCAAGCCCUUGAAAUGUGUCAUCAAACACCCCAACGGGACCCAGGAGACGAUCGUCCUGAACCACACCUUCAACGAGACCCAGAUCGAGUGGUUCCGGGCCGGCAGCGCGCUGAACAGGAUGAAGGAGCUGCAGCACUGA